AUGGAAGUUCUGCUUUUACUCAAAGGCUUGAUAGAAUUUUUUUUUUUUUUUUUUUGUCAUCCACAGGCCGCCGCUGGUAUCCUGUGCUAUGUUGGAGCCUAUGUCUUCAUCACAUAUGAUGACUACGAUCAUUUCUUUGAAGACGUGUACACGCUCAUCCCAGCAGUGACCAUUAUUGCAGUCGGAGCCCUCCUUUUCAUUAUUGGGCUCAUUGGAUGCUGCGCCACUGUGAGGGAGAGCUACUGUGGUCUCACUACGUUUGUCAUCAUCCUCCUGCUGGUUUUCAUCACGGAAGUGGCGGUGGUGGUUCUCGGAUAUGUUUACAGAGCAAAGGUUGAAAAUGAAGUUAAUAUUUCUAUCAAGAAAGUGUAUGAUGAGUACAACGGCACCAACAGCAAUGCCCAGAGCCGUGCCAUCGACUACAUUCAGAAACAGCUUCAGUGUUGUGGGAUCCACAAUUACUCAGACUGGCAGAACACACACUGGUACGAAGAAACCAAAAACAACAGCGUACCCAUCAGCUGUUGCAAAAGUAACAUUGGAAGCUGCACGGGGUCUCUUGCUCAUCCUGAAGAGCUCUACCAAGAAGGUUGUGAAGCUCUGGUUGUGAAGAAGUUGAAGGAGAUCAUGAUGUACGUCAUCUGGACUGCACUAACAUUUGCUGCCAUCCAGAUGCUUGGGAUGCUGUGUGCUUGCGUCGUGCUGUGCCGCAGAAGCAGAGAUCCUGCCUAUGAGCUCCUCAUCACAGGGGGCACCGUGGCGUAAAGGAAAACUCAUUCUCACCAUAACACACUUUCAGAACUAAUGUCGGUGAGAGCAUGAAAAUAAUCUAUUACCACACUAACCUUAAAACACCAACCACACUAAAGAUAUAUAUUUUACCUUUGUUUGUUGUUGUUUUUUUUUUCCCAAAAAAGCUGUAGACCAAAUUCUUUAAUGGUCAAUGUAAAUGAGAUGUAGACAGCGUUCUAUUGUCUCCGAGGAUGAGGGUGUAAGACCUCAUCCUAUGUACGGAGUAAAAUGUGGACAGGGUAAUUUCCUCAUAUGUUAGUUUGCACUAUGUGUAUGGCUUUGAAUAUUUUGUAUUUAAAUCUGUCCUGAAAGACUGUAUAAUUUUACCUUUUACCUUCACUACUACUACUGCUAUUCUGCUACUACUACUACUACUACUACUACUACUACUGCUACUACUACUACUGCUCAGUUUUGGUUAAAGCACCUCACCUUCACCAGCAGUAUUCUGUGACACCACAGCCCAGGCCAACAGCAAGUCACUACGUGUAAACUGUUUAACUCUACUGCCCUCGGCUUACCUGGUCUUUCUUUUGAGAAUCAAACCUUUUAAUCCCCCUCAGUAUGUGGAAUUUUUCAAGUAGUACUGCUUACUUAAGUCCAGAUAGACUUUGUCCCAUAGCUGUUUUGUUUGUUUUUGUCUCAACAGUCUACUGAUGGUAGUUUAGAAUUUGAUUUGCUCAUAUGUAGCAAUAGCAAAACUCAAGAAUGUAAAUAAAAUGUGGGGAAAGUUUGAGAUUAAA